CGGCAGGGAGCACUUCGCGACCACCUUCAAUUGAAUUGAUCGAUCCACGGCACAGCACAGCACAGCAUCGCCAACAUGCCGGCCGCUACCACUGUCAAGCCGAACACCUCGUUCGACACUCUGAAGCGGGAGUCCCUCUUUCGAAACCCGCCAAAAGACAAAUCGGCUUUCCCGGCGCUCAUCGCUGCGGUCCAGCCCCACAUCGACUCGUUCAAUGCCGUGACCGAGGAGGGUGGCUUUCUGGACCUGGCGAGGAAGGAUAUCGGCGUCAAGUGUGUGUUCGACGGCAAGGACGGCAACAGAGGAAACAAGAUCUCGUUGCGCAUCGACAAGGUUUACGUUGGAAAGCCGGCGAUUAGCUCUCGCGAUAAGACUACAUUGAAAAGAGAGAUCUACCCCUCCGAGGCCAGAGAGAGACAUGUCACAUAUCGAGGGAGGCUCACGGUCCGUGUUGGAUACAAAGUCAAUAAUGGACCCUGGGGAUGGAUCGAUCGCGAGUGUGGAAACCUCCCGAUCAUGCUUCGAUCCAACCGGUGCCAUCUGGAGAACAUGUCGCCGUACGACCUGAUUGAACGCAAGGAGGAGUCGGAGGAGCUCGGUGGAUACUUCGUCGUCAACGGUAUCGAGAAGAUCAUCCGGUUGCUGAUCGUCCAGCGACGGAAUCACCCUAUGGCGAUCAUCCGUCCGUCGUUCGCGAAACGAGGAAAAUCCUACUCGCAGUAUGGUGUGCAGAUCCGAGCUGUACGGCCCGAUCAGACGUCGCAGACCAACGUUCUCCACUACUUGAACGAUGGAAAUGUCACCUUCCGAUUUUCGUGGAGGAAGAACGAGUACUUGGUGCCGGCGGUCAUGAUCCUCAAGGCGCUGUGCGAGACGAACGACCGGGAGAUCUUCGAUGGACUGUUGACGAUCCCCGACCGAGAGAACACAUUCCUCACGGAUCGCGUGGAAUUGCUGUUGAGAACCUACAAAGCGUACCAGCUCUACACACGGACGGAGACUCUACAGUACUUGGGAGAGAAGUUCAGGAUUGUGAUGCGGGUGUCGGCCGACAUGACCGAUGUUGAGGUUGGAAAGGAGUUUUUGCGCAAGAUAGUUCUGGUGAACCUGGAGGACCCCAAGGACAAGUUCCGGAUGCUUCUAUUCAUGAUCCGGAAACUCUACGCUUUGGUUGAAGGGAGCUGCCAGCCCGACAACCCUGAUGCGGUCCAGCACCAGGAAAUCCUUCUCGGCGGCUUCUUGUAUGGUAUGAUCAUGAAGGAACGUGUUGAAGAAUAUCUGGACAACAUCAUGUCGGAGCUCCGGAGGCAAGUCACCAGGGGUAUGCUCGUCGAUUUCAACAACAAAGACCACCGCGUGCGGAUAUUGUCCAAAACCAAUGAGAAUAUCGGCAAUGCUCUGGAAUACUUCUUGUCUACCGGAAACUUGGCAUCUCCCAGUGGUUUGGAUUUGCAGCAGGUGUCUGGAUUCACUGUCGUCGCUGAAAAGAUCAACUUCUACCGGUUCUUGUCGCACUUCCGGAUGGUGCACAGAGGUAGUUUCUUCGCUCAGUUGAAGACUACAACGGUCCGAAAACUACUACCGGAGAGUUGGGGUUUUCUUUGCCCCGUCCACACUCCUGAUGGAAGUCCUUGUGGACUGCUAAACCACUUCGCGCACAAAUGCCGAAUUACAACCACUAUCUCCGACACGUCAGCCCUCAGGCCAGCCCUCGCCUCUCUCGGUGUCGUUUCACCCGCAGCCGUCCCCAAGCCCGCGUCCGCCACGUACUGUAUCCAGCUCGACGGAUGUAUCGUCGGUUGGUGCUCUCCCAAGCAGGCCCGUGUGGUUGCCGAGACUCUGCGGUACUGGAAAGUUGAGGGAUCACACGAUAUUCCCGUGGAUUUGGAAAUUGGCUACAUUCCCGAGUCUGUUGGCGGCCAAUAUCCUGGUCUCUUCCUUUUCUCUCAGCAGGCGAGAAUGAUCCGACCAGUGAAAUACCUUCCCUUGGAAAAGGAGGACUUUGUCGGACCUUUCGAACAGCCCUACAUGUCCAUUGCGGUCCGGGACUCUGAGGUUGUCCCUGGAGAAAGCUCGCACGUGGAGUUCGACCCUACCAAUAUCCUUUCCAUCGUUGCCAACAUGACGCCGUUUUCGGACUUCAACCAGUCCCCCAGAAACAUGUACCAGUGCCAGAUGAGCAAGCAGACUAUGGGAACUCCUGGAACAGCCAUCCGUCACCGCACUGACAACAAGUCGUACAGACUCCAGACCGGCCAGACACCCGUGGUACGCUCGCCCUUGUACAACGAAUACGGGCUGGAUAACUUUCCCAAUGGUACCAACGCCGUCGUCGCUGUCAUUUCAUACACCGGUUACGACAUGGACGACGCCAUGAUAAUGAACAAGUCGGCCCACGAACGUGGUUUCGGACACGGAACCGUCUACAAGGUGGAGAAGAUUGGAUGGGAGUCAGCGAGCAAGUCGCGUGGUGGUACGAAGUCGGAUUUCGUCUUUGGGUUCCAGAACGCCGCUGCAGUUGCAGACCUGGUGAAUGAGGUCACUCAUAGCCCGGCGGAUUGGCCCGAGGAGGAGCGCCGCAAGGCGUUCCGCAAGAUGGGGAUGAAGGGAGAGUGGCUGCAGACCGUCGACGAGGACGGUAUGCCUGUGGUUGGAAAGAAGGUGAAGAAGGGUGAUGCUAUUGCAGUCUACCACGAAAUCCCCAGCGAUCCUACUGCACCUGUCGAGCACAAGGCCUUCAUCUACAAGGGAGAUGAGGAAGCGUAUGUUGAGGAAGUGCGAUUGUUGCCCAACGAAUCUGCCGACAGGCCGAUGCAGCAGUUCUCCGUCAAGUACCGUAUCCCACGAAGCCCCAACAUCGGUGAUAAGUUUUCGUCGCGUCACGGACAGAAGGGUGUCUUGUCUCAGAAGUGGCCCUCCACAGACAUGCCCUUCACAGAGACGGGAAUGCAGCCUGACAUUAUCAUCAACCCCCACGCAUUCCCGUCGCGAAUGACGAUCGGUAUGUUUAUCGAGUCACUCGCUGGAAAGUCCGGUGCACUCCACGGUAUCGCCCAGGACUGUACUCCGUUCAAAUUCAGCGAGGAGAACACCGCCGGCGACUACUUUGGCGAGCAGCUCAAGGCCGCCGGAUACAACUUCCACGGAAACGAGCCCAUGUACUCCGGUAUCACGGGUGAGGAGCUCGCUGCGGAUAUCUACGUCGGAGUCGUCUACUACCAGCGUCUGCGUCACAUGGUCAACGACAAGUACCAGGUGCGAACGACCGGAAAGAUCUCCGAGUUGACACAUCAGCCCAUCAAGGGAAGGAAGAAGGGAGGAGGUAUCCGUGUCGGAGAGAUGGAGCGUGACUCGCUGCUCGCCCACGGAUCCGCAUUCCUGCUGCAGGAUCGUCUCUUCAAUUGCUCCGACUACACACAGACGAGCAUCUGUCGGCAGUGCGGCAGCUUCCUGAGUACCAUGAGCACGAUCCGCAAGCUCGGUUUCGAGAGCCGGAUACGCUGCAGACGGUGUGCGAAGCCGGCGACUGGAUUUGAGGACGAUGGUGUGGUUUGGGAGGACGGUCUGGGUGGGCGGUUCGUUGGCGGUGUCGAUACCACCACCGUUGCAGUGCCCUACGUACUCAAGUACUUGGACGUCGAGUUGACGGCCAUGGGUAUUGCCAUGAAAUUUAAUAUAUCACCUUGAGUUGUUAUGGGGGUAUAAAAAUGGGGUAGGGUCUGAUGAUGACUGGUAAUGUCGUUUAUGGGCUUUUGUGCGUACGAAAGGGUGUAUAUAGUUCUUCUUUGCAAUUGGAUAGCCUCUGCGUGAC